AUGGAGGAGGCGGCCGCCCCGGCCUGGCGGCGUGGUCUCGGAGUUCUGCAGCGCCUGGCGCGUGAGAGGGUCUCGCCGGACCUUGUGGGCUUCAAUGCCGCCCUCUCCACCUGCGAGCGUCGCAGUCGCUGGCCGCUUGCAGUGUGCCUUGCUGGAGAGCAAGCUUCGACGGAUGCAGUGACCUGCAAUGUGCUGCUGAGCGCAGCCGUCCGUAUCUCCUGGCAGCGAGCAUUGGCAACAGUUACGCGAAUCGAGGUGGAAGGCAUCCAGCCAGACUCUGUGACAUACAACACGGCCGCCCACGCCCUCUGCAAGGAAGACCAGGACCAGUGGCCGAUGACACUGAAGCUGCUACACGAUUCGGCUGAAGCAGGCAUCCGGCCUGGCAAGGUGUCAUUCGCCGCGCUGGCGGCCGUGGCACGGCGGAGGCGUCAUUGGUGCCAGGCUUUGUAUCUGCUCCAGCACAUGAAAGUGGAGCAGGUCGAGGCAGAUGCGGUGAGCUGCGCACUCGCUCUGCGCUGCUUGGAGGACUGCAGCGAGUGGUCCUGGGCCAUGCUGCUGUUGCAACGACCCGGGUUGGACUCCACCUGCCUCAAUGUGGCCCUGUCGGCUGUGCUUGCCGGAGCUGAGGCGCCGUGGCACCGGGGGCUGUGCCUUGUGGCGCAUGCGCUCCAGCACGGUCCUGCGCCGGACUCCGUAAGCUGUAGCACCGUCGCCAGUGCCUGUGCACGAGCAGCCGUUCCCGGCGUCGCACAUCGCUUGCUGCACACGUUGCAGUUCUCUGGCGUCCGCCUCGGGACAUCGGCCUACAACGCCUUCAUGGCAAGUUCUCGUGGGCGCUGGUCCCUGGCCAUGGCGACGUUCAAGGAGAUGGGCGAGAAGGCGUUGACCCGGGACACCAUCACUGUCGGGGCUGCGGUGGCAGCGCUCUCUGCCGACAGCACAGCUUGGGAGAAGGCGAUGUACUUCCAGAGGCAGAUUGGCUUGAUACCAAGUUGA